AUGCGGUCGCGGCUGCAGCUGCAAGUGGUGCUGGCGGUGCUGGCGGCGCCCGCGUGGGCGGCGCUGCUGGUGGCGGCGCCGGGGCCCGCGUGCGUGUGCUCGCCCGCCGAGUGCGAGCCGGUGGCGGCGGCGGAGUGCCCGGGCGGCGCGGGCACCGUGUGGGACGCCUGCGGCUGCUGCCGCGUGUGCGCGCGCGCCGAGGCGCAGCCCUGCGGCGGGCCCUACGGCUUCUACGGCUCCUGCGGGCCCGGCCUGCUCUGCGUGCUCCAGCCGGGCCGGCCGCCGCUGCGCUCCGCCGACGGCGUCUGCACUCGCCCGCCGAGCUUGGAUCCGCCGGCGGGGUGCCCCGGCGCGGCGGUGCGCGUGUCCGGUUGCAACGUGGUGGAGCGCCGCUGCCAGUGCGCGCUGGCGGCUGCCUGCCCCGGCGAGCGGCCCUUCGCCUACUCCUCGUACAGCGAGUGCCAGCUCAACCUCGACUACCUGCUGGCCAACGAGCUCGCCGAGGAGCAGCAGGGCCUCGUCACUACAGAAUCGCCGGGCGACACAGCCACGCCUGGAGGAAGAUAACAGUUAAGGAACAUACCUGACCAUGACCGGGUAUUCGAAAACGAAGAGCGUAUAACCUAGAUUUGUGACCAUACACAUAGCAUUUGAACUUUGUAUAUAAGUUGUUACAAAUAAUAAAGUAUUUAUAAUACUUGUCUGACAUUAAAUUGCUUUCCGGCGAAUCCUGUAUUGCGAGACUAACGGAAAUAGCCACAUUUCAUUUAGCUAAUGAGAAAUAUAUUUAAUAAUCCAGAACAAAUAUUAAUGAGAAUGUUAUUUUUUGUAUUCACAUGUAAUA